AUAGUCCAGGAGUUCUGUUGCAUAGACAGCCAAUUGGCAGCAACCCUCUCGCUCUCUCUUUUUUCUCUCUCCCUCACCUUCCCUCUCUCAAGAGAACGAGCUGGGAUAUAAAGCUCUCACUGGACAUUUUAUUUCAGUUUUUUUAGUGGUUCUGAGCACCUGCCUGUGUCAAAAUGAGUGACGCUCUGCUGGAUGAUGGGUCCUUCAUGUUCACUUCGGAGUCUGUUGGAGAGGGACAUCCAGACAAGAUCUGUGACCAGAUCAGUGAUGCUGUCCUGGAUGCUCACCUGAAGCAGGACCCAAAUGCCAAGGUCGCCUGUGAGACGGUUUGUAAGACUGGCAUGGUGCUGCUGUGUGGAGAGAUCACGUCCCGGGCCAACGUAGACUACCAGAAGGUUGUCAGAGACACCAUACAACACAUUGGUUACGACAACUCAGACAAAGGUUUUGACUAUAAGACGUGUAAUGUGUUGGUGGCUCUGGAGCAGCAGAGUCCAGACAUCGCUCAGGGUGUCCACAUCGACAGGAAAGAGGAAGACAUGGGAGCUGGAGACCAGGGUCUGAUGUUUGGCUACGCUACUGACGAGACAGAGGAGUGCAUGCCUCUCACCAUCGUCCUGGCUCACAAACUCAAUUCCAAGAUGGCCGAACUCAGACGCAACGGAACCAUCCCCUGGCUCCGCCCCGACUCUAAAACACAAGUGACAGUACACUAUGAGCAGGAGCACGGGGCAGUGAUCCCUAUAAGGGUCCACACCGUGGUCAUCUCUGUUCAACACGAUGACUUCAUUGGCCUGGAGGAACAGAAGGAGGUGCUCAAGGAGAAGGUGAUCAAGGUAGUGGUUCCAGCUAAGUACCUGGAUGAUAAGACCAUCUACCAUCUUCAGCCCAGUGGACGCUUCGUCAUCGGAGGACCCCAGGGUGAUGCUGGAGUGACGGGUAGGAAGAUCAUCGUUGAUACGUACGGAGGCUGGGGGGCCCAUGGUGGGGGAGCUUUCUCUGGUAAAGACUUCUCCAAGGUGGAUCGCUCGGCUGCCUAUGCUGCCCGCUGGGUGGCCAAGUCCCUGGUCAAGGCCAAACUGUGCAGGAGGGUGCUGGUUCAGGUAUCCUACGCUAUCGGAGUGGCCCACCCUCUGUCCAUCUCCGUGUUCACCUACGGCUCGUCACAAAAGUCAGAGAGAGAGCUGCUGCAGAUCGUAAACAAGAACUUUGACCUACGACCUGGUGUCAUUGUCCGGGAACUGAACCUGAAGAGGCCAAUCUACCAGAAGACAGCGUGCUACGGCCACUUUGGCCGGAGUGAGUUUACCUGGGAAGUCCCCAAGGAGCUCAACUACUAAACAUCUCCCCCUCGUGGUCAAGUAUAUAACAAGCUCUUAAACACCCCCGUGGUCAAGUAUAUAACAAGCUCUUAAACACCCCCGUGGUCAAGUAUAUAACAAGCUCUUAAACACCCCCGUGGUCAAGUAUAUAACAAGCUCUUAAACACCCCCGUGGUCAAGUAUAUAACAAGCUCUUAAACACCCCCGUGGUCAAGUAUAUAACAAGCUCUUAAACACCCCCGUGGUCAAGUAUAUAACAAGCUCUUAAACACCCCCGUGGUCAAAUAUAUAACAAGCUCUUAAACACCCCCGUGGUCAAGUAUAUAACAAGCUCUUAAACACCCCCGUGGUCAAAUAUAUAACAAGCUCUUAAACACCCCCGUGGUCAAAUAUAUAACAAGCUCUUAAAAACCCCCGUGGUCAAGUAUAUAACAAGCUCUUAAACAUCAACCCCCUGGUGGUCAAGUAUAUAACGAUCCCUCCCAGAGAUAGAAAACAGGCCCCCUCUAGAGGCUACAACCACAAAUGGUUCUGCUUUUUCAUUGGCUAGUGUUGGGGUUAUGGUUUAGGAUUAGGGUGAAAGGAUGUUUUUGGUUAGUGCUAAACAAUCAUUUAUGUGAUUGUAGCCCAUAGAGGGGAUUUGUUUGUUUAUGCUUCUUAUCUUGAAUGAGAGGGGAAUCGCUAUUCUCCCUCCCUCCCUCCCUCCCUCUCUCUCCUCCAUCUCUUUUUCUAUCACAUUAAACAUUUCAGUCAAUAGAGAGGAUGAACUCACUGUGAUUUUAAUCAGACAAUCCACACAUUUUCAUUCAGAUAAAAGGUGUCCUUUGUGUCUCACUUAUGUGUCUCACUUAUGUGCCUUAGUAUCAAAACAAUGACAUGUUAGAAGUAUUACAUAUGCAGAAGUAUUUAUUCACACUCACUCUGGACAAAUAGUGAUUCCAUUGUCACUUCUGCUAUUAAACAAAGAAACAAAAAAACAAAUUAAAUUAAUAAAUAAAGUUAAAUAUUGAAAAAAAUAUAUAUAUAUAAAGCAGAGAAUUGUGAAUUCAUCCAACUGUGAAUUGGUGAUGUGCGGUUUGACUCAUAACCAGCAAUCGGUUUAGGGGCAUGAAAUACAGUAUUGUGUGGAUGAAGGGCGGGUGAGUGGCGGGCAGGUUGAAUAAAGAGAAAACAAUGCAUUAAAAAUCCAUAAAUAUAUAAUUCUUGUGCAAUUCAUAUCUAUGGGCUAUUUUUAUCUGGCGUUAGUCCGUAGCCUGAGCGCCUAACUGUAGCGUGCCAAAUACAUGCAAAUUCUCAAAUGCUUUUGGGAAUUUGGACAGAAAAAGUUUGUCGAUGCACUGAGGCAAAAAAGGACAAUGUCGGAGUUUAAUUCAAUAAGAGAAAAGCUGAGAAAUUGAAUGUUGAAAAUAAAUAGAAGGGAAGACCAGGGAAAGAUUUGGUAACGUGGUAACAGUGCCAGCUAUGUUAUGUGUGAUAAUUGUGAGACGCUAUACAAAUUCGAUAGUCACAAGACCUGGACUUCAAAAUGCACGUCAAGGGAACUGUUCGGUUCAGAUGGGUUAAAUGGAAAAGUGACAUAACUGUAGGUCUACAACCCUUAACAUAACCUGAAAUAAUAUUAACUCCUGAAAAAUUAAGCAUUUGUUGCAGUAAAAUUAUACACCAAAUGUACAUUUUGACUCGUAACAGGAGUAAAGAAAUAUUAUGGGUUGAGACAGUGAGCGGUUAGGGUCCGUCUGUAAAGGUGGAGGUGCCAUCUUUAUCAGCAUCAUAAAAGCUGAUCGUAUUUCAACCACAUAAAAUAUGCAUCCAAGCCGAACUGAAAUCUUAUCAAAAACAUGUUGGGUCAUUUUAACACCUUUUAAUUUCCUGAAAACCAAUCAAACUGAUUUUAUUUAUUGGGAAUAUUAUUGGGAAUAUCCAACAUUUGGAAAUUGUACUCACCCGCAACCUGCAUUUAUAAUGACUCCCGGGUUAGGAAGAUUAAAUGACUGCCGGGUUAGGAAAACAAAAAUAUCAGACUACCUAAAGCAUUUCACUGUAAGGUCUACUACACCUGUUGUUUUCGGCGCAUGUGAUAAAUACAAUUUGAUUUGAUCUAAACUGGAAUACCAUUACAGUAAAAGAUGCAAGAAGUCCAAGUAACAGAUUGGAUUAGUUUCGAAAAAGUUAUGUUAUUUAUGAGUAGCAUAAUAUUAAUUAAUCAAUCAUCAAUCAAUGUAUAUGCAAAAACAUAUUGAAACAUGUUGACAGCAGAUGGGAGUUUUAUUCAUAACAUUGCUAAUUUAGCUAGCUAACAUACAUUUUGAGAAAACAAGCUAUAUUAACUGGCUAGGUAGUAACGUUUGGUGGUCAAUGAGACUGAGAGCUAGCUAACCAGCUGAGCUAGCAAACAAUGUAACAAGUAUCAUUUCGGAUUUGAAAAAUGCUCCAUCAAUUGGCUCUGCAUUUCAGGAGUCACAGUAGCAAAUACUCCUGGUGUACUAUUCAAUGAUUUAGCCAUUUAAACAUGACUUUUGAAGAAAACUCUGUUUGUGCCGUAGCCCUCACUGGCUUUCAUGUGAUUUAGGGUGCGUUCGUAAAUUCAAUCAGGAGUGCCAGAGUGCGCUCAGAGUGCUCUCAGGAAAUUCAUAAAUUCAGAGCGUUUCGUUCUCGCUGCGUUCAGAGCGGACACUGGACACUCGGGCGGAGGAGUAGGGUUGAUCGAGUGUUCUGGCCUAGCUUGCUAGCUACUUCCAGCCACAAACGAGAGAACAAAUCAUUCUGACCAUUUCACUCGCCCUAGCAGAGCUGGUUAGGCUGUUUUCAUGUUAUCCAGAGCGUUGAUGACUAACUGCUGCAAGCUACAAUUUAAUUAUGCUUUUUUUUGCCGACGUUUACUGACACCGGCCAUAUUCAACGGGUGUUGAGCGUUCGUAAAUCCGUCAGUUAUUCUGCGCUCUGGUACACUCAGACGAGAGUGCUCUGAAACCAGAGUAGAUAGCCGGAGAGAAUGUAAGAACCUUAAACGUGAGCUUGUCCAUGUGUGGGAUGUCAGACUCGACGACAGUUGUUACCCAUUGGAGCGCUGCGAUUGGUUGUCCAACAUUUUGGGGCGGGGCUUAGCUGAGGGUCAAUUGUGACGCUCGACUACUUUUUAAUGCUUUUUUAUGUUUAUUCAGAAAAUAUAUACAUGUAGUGAUGUCUUAUGUUUGUAUUGUAUUGUAAUUUGAAAUGUUAUAUUAAAACAAUUAAAUACUAAACGAUUACAAAAAAAUAUAUAUAUAUUAUCCCCUCCACUCUGUCCACAUCACCUCAAGAUGGUGCUAUAAAUCCUGUAUUGGUAUUCAUCCAUAAUCGAAGCGGAAUAUGUAUCUGCGGGUUCAAACCACAACCUUCAAUCAACCAAAUAUUAGAAGGGAGAUCACCCUCUAACUUGGUUUUCGGAUGUAGUUACAACUCUUAUCUUUGUUCUGUAUCAAACUGGUUUAUAUUAUAUGUAGAUUUGUAAAGAUCAAAUUCACAAGUCUUAAUUUUGUAAUUAUAUCAUCAAUACUGCAGGACAGUUUUUACAAUGCACUACUACUAUUACACAACACCAACAACAGGUAUGCAGUCAGACGACACAGGUCUCUUAUCCCAGGGAGGUUUUGAGCUGUAUACUGUACCUCUUACCAGUGUGUUACAGUUGACCAAAUCUAGCAGUAGAAAUAGCUUUGAAGAAUAAGGCUUUAUAACCACUUAAGGCAUCAUAAGGAUGCUUAAUAACUGUUCUUAAGGCCUUAUAAUACUUUAUGAUGUGUCUAUGAACCCCUGCUCAGUCCUGUUUGACUAAAUGCUAUUUGUAUCUUCAUCUGUAGUCUAGAGCUAUUGUAGAGCUGCUGCUGGGAUCUCGCUGUAAACAAUAUUUGCCACCUUGAAUGAACUGUUCUCAUCUCUGAUGUCUGAUAAGGUUUGAUGUAUUUAGUAUUCUGACUUGAAUGUGAGUUAAUUGUUGUGAUUAUUUUACUAUAGGCAUAAAUAGUCUAUGAAUAAAUUGCCAAAGUGCAUGCUGCCAA